CCGAUCGCACAGCUGCUGGAGCUAUGGAAGAAGAUCGAGGUGGAGCCCAUGGAGAUAGAGACGGCGGAGGAGGACGCUAACCUGGACACGGAGACAGCCGCGGAAGACACCUCGGAGGAAGGCAAGAGUGACCCAGCAAGUUGCAAAAAAAAAAUAGCUGCAUCUGUUGAAGAAGAAGGCCUCGUGAAAGAGAUUGACAUCAGCCACCAUGUGAAAGAAGGCUUCGAGAAGGCAGACCCUUCGCAGUUUGAGUUGCUCAAAGUUCUAGGGCAAGGAUCCUACGGGAAGGUGUUCCUGGUGAGAAAGGUGAAGGCAUCCGACGCGGGCCAGCUCUAUGCCAUGAAGGUCCUCAAGAAAGCCACCUUGAAAGUCCGGGACCGCGUCCGCUCCAAGAUGGAGAGGGACAUCCUGGCGGAAGUGAACCACCCCUUCAUUGUGAAGCUCCACUACGCCUUUCAGACGGAGGGGAAGCUCUACCUGAUCCUGGACUUCCUGAGGGGCGGGGACCUCUUCACCAGACUCUCCAAAGAGGUCAUGUUCACAGAGGAGGAUGUCAAGUUCUACUUAGCAGAGCUGGCCUUGGCAUUGGACCACCUGCAUGGGCUGGGCAUCAUCUACAGAGACCUGAAACCUGAGAACAUCCUCCUGGAUGAAGAGGGUCACAUCAAGAUCACAGAUUUUGGCCUGAGCAAGGAGGCCAUCGACCACGACAAGAGGGCCUACUCGUUCUGCGGGACCAUCGAGUACAUGGCGCCUGAGGUGGUGAACCGGCGAGGCCACACGCAGAGCGCGGACUGGUGGUCCUUCGGAGUGCUCAUGUUCGAGAUGCUGACGGGGUCGCUGCCAUUCCAGGGGAAGGACCGCAAGGAGACCAUGGCCCUCAUCCUCAAAGCCAAGCUGGGGAUGCCCCAGUUCCUCAGUGGGGAAGCUCAGAGUCUACUGAGAGCCCUCUUCAAACGGAACCCCUGCAACCGGCUAGGUGCUGGUCUGGAUGGAGUGGAGGAGAUCAAACGCCACCCCUUCUUCAUGACCAUCGACUGGAAUAAGCUGUACCGCAAAGAGAUCAAGCCGCCCUUCAAGCCAGCAGUCGGCCGCCCAGAGGACACCUUCCACUUCGACCCCGAGUUCACAUCCAGAACACCCACAGAUUCUCCGGGUGUCCCUCCCAGCGCCAACGCCCACCACCUCUUCAGAGGGUUCAGCUUCGUGGCCUCGAGUCUGGUCCAGGAGCCCACACAGCAGGACCUCCACAAGGCCGCGGUCCACCCCAUCGUCCAGCAGCUGCAUGGGAACAGCGUCCACUUCACCGAUGGCUAUGAGGUCAAGGAGGACAUCGGGGUGGGCUCCUACUCCGUGUGCAAACGGUGUGUGCACAAGGCCACGGAUGCCGAGUACGCCGUGAAGAUAAUCGACAAGAGCAAGAGGGACCCUUCAGAGGAGAUUGAGAUCCUGCUGAGAUACGGGCAACACCCUAACAUCAUCACCCUCAAAGACGUCUACGAUGAUGGGAAGUACGUGUACCUGGUGAUGGAGCUGAUGCGAGGCGGUGAACUCCUGGACCGCAUCCUCCGUCAGCGCUGCUUCUCUGAGCGUGAGGCCAGCGAUGUGCUGUGCACCAUCACCAAGACCAUGGACUAUCUGCACUCCCAGGGGGUGGUCCACCGCGACCUGAAGCCCAGCAACAUCCUCUACAUGGACGAGUCCGGAAACCCCGAGUCCAUCCGCAUCUGUGACUUUGGAUUUGCCAAGCAGCUGCGAGCCGAGAACGGGCUGCUGAUGACCCCUUGCUACACAGCCAACUUUGUGGCCCCCGAGGUCCUGAAGCGGCAGGGAUAUGACGCAGCAUGUGACGUGUGGAGCCUGGGGAUCCUGCUGUACACCAUGCUAGCCGGAUUCACCCCUUUUGCGAAUGGACCAGAGGACACGCCCGAGGAGAUUCUGGCGCGGAUUGGCAGUGGACAGUACGCGCUCUCUGGAGGCAACUGGGACUCUAUAUCAGAUGCAGCCAAGGACGUCGUGUCAAGGAUGCUGCACGUGGACCCCCAGCAGCGCCUGACAGCCGUUCAAGUCCUCAAACACCCAUGGAUCGUGAACCGAGAAUACCUCUCCCAGAGCCAACUCAGCAGGCAAGAUGUGAACUUGGUGAAGGGUGCCAUGGCCGCCACCUACCUGGCUCUGAACCGGACUCCUCAGGCCCCCCGUCUGGAGCCAGUGCUCUCCUCCAGCUUAGCCCAGCGCCGAGGCAUGAAGAGACUGACCUCCACCCGCUUGUAGC